AUGUCGAUUUCAAGUGCAAUUCUUCUUAUCUCACUUUUAUCUCUUCAUGGCGUGUCGAGUGAAACGGAAUGCGUGGACACGAAGAUCAUCGUAUCGAAAUGUUAUAAUCAUGGAGAGUAUCAAUGGCUAAUUGAAGUACCACGAAGUAAAGACUCAUGCAAGGAACAGACAACUGCUCAGCCUACUCGUGUCAGUUGCGAUUUCACUUGUCCGAAAGGACAAACAUUUAAUAAGGCUAAUUUGGAUUGCAAAAGUUGUUCGAAAGGAACAUUUUCUCUUGGUGGUGGUAAUCAAUACACUUUCAAUGAAUUGGAUGAUCUGAAAGUCACCAUGCCGGAACUUACGUUGAAAACAACUUCAUUAGUAGAAUCAUAUGAUGGCGAUUGUAAGAAGAAAAGUAAUUGGCGUAUUAAAGGAAAUCUCUUACAAGGUGAAGUGCAACAUAAUUGUGUAUUAAUACUUUCGCUUCAAUUCAAACUUCAACGUUCUGGAUCGAUUAGUGUCACAUAUAAUCUACCUACAUCUUUUGUUUUUGGAUCGAUUUCAUCCCGAUGUGAUUUUAGUAUUGAUGACAAAGAUAAAACCGAUGAUGCUGAUAACAACGAUGAUGAUGAUUACAAUGGCAAUCCGAAGAAGAAAGCAGAGGUCACGUUCAAUCCUACAGGUUAUGGUAUAUGGAAAGAAAAACGAAUUGUAAUCAAUGAACCGGGAGAAUACGUCCUUUCCUUGCUUAGUUUUGGCGCGAAUGCUCUUCAUUUUCCGUUUUAUAUUCGAUCUAUUGUUGUUGAAGGAAAUGCUUUUCUUCAAGAUUGUAUUGAAUGUCCACCAGGUACCUUUGCCGAUACGAAAGGUGCGAGUAAUUGUGCACCUUGCCCGAAAAAUACUUAUGCUGCAAACAGCCGCUCCACCGAAUGCAUACCUUGCGGCGAAACACAAUAUUCGGAUGAAGGAUCGUCCAAAUGUAUUGAACGACCAAAAUGUGAAGAAAAACAUUAUCAAAAAGUAUUUACAGGCUGUGUUACAUCCAAGAUGGCAACAAUUACAUAUCGACCUAUUGAACCGAAGAUCUGUAUCGGUGACGUUACACUGCCAGCUGAUAAACAAUUACCAUGUGGAACAUGUAAUCCUGGAAUGUUUAAAAAUAUCAGCAGUGGUAAAUGUGAAUUUUGUCCACCGAAAACGUAUUCGAAUGGUACAUUGAGCGCUUGUCUGCCAUGUGCUAAUGAUCUCUCACUUGUACCGGGUUUGUAUUAUAAAAUUUGGAACGAUUUACCUGAUUAUUUAAAUCGAAGUUACCUUUCAUUCGAUGAUAUGGACAGUGUCAGUAAACUUCGUCCAAAUCAAAGUUGGAUACCAAGUAUUGAAUAUAUUUCGUCUCAAUCAAUACCCGAUACAUUAUCUGUAUUAACGUUAAGUAUUACCAAGGGCUUUCGUGCAACAGAUAUCGCCAGAGCAACAAAAGAAUUUGGAACAUUAUAUUUUAAAUUCUCAACGCGAUGUAAUUCAAGUUGCACACUGUUUUUAGUUGCUGAAGAUAUGUACGAUGAUGAUGAUAGCAAUUGGCAAGUUAUUCACAAAUGGCAUAUUACCAAAAACUCGGAACAUAAAGACAUAGAAGAUUUUAGAUACACAAUUUUGAAUCGAAAUGAAGUCGUGUUCAACUGGAUGUUCACCUCCGAUAGUGAAGAUCAAGGUGGUGAUGAAGUUCGUAUUUACGAAAUUCUUGUUACCAAUACAAAUUUCGGAGGUUCUGAUCGAUGUGUUGCGUGUUUAACUACAAACGAUGAAGAAACUGAAUGCAAACAAUGCACAUCAGGGUAUAUUCUCACAAGUAAUAAUACUUGUACGGCUUGUCCCAAUUCAACGAUUGCAUCUCGUAAACGAUCGCGUGAUCCUGUUCCGACAAUUUGUACGCCAUGUCCAACUAAUACCAUCUCCGAUGAUGGUAUUUCUUGUUAUGUGCCAUGUAAGCAAAUGUUUAGUGGAGAUAUUCCAUAUGAUUUAAAUGCAAUAUCAACAAUUCAAUUUCAUGGCUCGAAAUUGUUUACACAGAAAGGUAGCGGUUAUUUUCAUGUAUUUAAUGCGAGCAUUUGUGGCAAAGCAAGUGUGACUUGUGUGACGUCGUUGGCAUCGGCUGACAUAAAAAAUCGAAAAAGUCAAAAAAUUAUCGAUUCUAAGUUAUGCCGACUCGGAUCUGUACCUGAUCAAAAUGAUAAUAUUACAUCUGUUGCCUAUAUCGAUGAAUUCGGUGAAGAAUUAGUCAGUGUUUCUCUAUCCGUAUCAAAAUACUUUCCGCCUCUUCGUUCGGAUUAUAAUUUAACUGACAUUACACUCGUUUAUCGAGCAAAUGCAUCAUAUACAGAAUCGACAUGUUUACAGCGUACAACCUUUUUAUCCUUACGUUGUGAUCAUAUUCUCAAUGACGAACAGCAAAAGUCCAACGCCACAUACCAAUUACAGACACCAAGCAAUUGCGCAGCGGGCACUUGUGAUGGAUGCACAUUUCAUUUUCUUUUACGUACACCAUUAGCUUGUCCAAUAUGUGAUAGUAAUUCAAAUGGCUAUCGAACAUUCAUCGGUCCUUGCCGAUUUGGACGACAAGAAGUGCGAAAAAUUCCUUAUCCAUACUGCGCAAAUAGUUUAGCAGAAAAAGUUGACACUCGCCGAUGCUCUGUCUUAUCUACUGAAGUUCAAAUUGUAUUUGCUGUGUUUCUUCUCGUCGCAGCGAUCUUAAUCCUAGUUUUGAUCAAGUUUUGGAGAAAAAAUCGAAAGCUUGAAUAUCGUUACAUGCAAUUAGUGGAAAAUACAAAUCCAGAUGAUGAUACUCCAGUAGACAAUGUUUGCGCUCAGAUUAGUGAUGAAGAAGAUUCGGGUACUGAAGUUCAUUUCACGAAACCAUCGAAAGCGAAAAAACUGAUGAAUGUCGUUCGAAAUGCUAUUCGAAAGAAUCCCAACGAUAAUCAAUCAGACUUUUUUAAUGGUGACAGUUUCUUAUUGACAAGUCAAACGAAGGACGACGCUUAA